UCUUGUGGAUCGGGGUGAGCGGAGAAGUCUGUGGAGUUAUCCGUAGGCUCUAUGCUACAGCUCUUUGGCUGGCUUUCUCAUCUGCUGUAUUUACCACCUUUUCUGACUUCCGUUCUUACUUUUCUAAUCGUCUUCGUGGAGAGACAUGAAAUCCCUCGCGCUCUUUGCCCUCGCGACUCUUCUCCUGGAACUUCACACUGGUGUUUGCCAGCAACCUAAGCGUAAAGAGGACCUGGGUGAGAACCGCAUCAAGCCUGGGGGACGGAAGCGGACGAAAGUCAGGUACCCCAAGGUGAAGGAGAAGGAGGGGUCUGGAAAGGCGGGCUCCCUCCUUACCCAGGUGCUGGACAAGGGACGCUUCCUGCGGCUGGGGGAGACCCUGACGCUCAGCCCCGGGAAGACCAUGGAGCUGAGGUGCAAAGGCACCCAUAUCGGCUGGGCCUACCCUUCUUACCUGGACACAUUCAACGACACGCGCCUCACUGUCAAGCAGCAGGAGAAGUUUGGUCAGCUGAUCCUGACGUCGCCCUCUGCUGCCGACACAGGGGAGUACAGCUGCUGGCCUGUGCUGUGCGACGGGGACGAGUGCCACAAGGACACAGACCGCCUGUCAGCCACCUACAUCUACUUCACUGACAAAGAUGAGCUGUUUGUGCCGUCUCCGAUGCACUUUGAGAUCGUGUACAUGAGACCAGAUGCGCCCGCCAUCGUCCCCUGCCGCGUGACCAGUCCCAGCGCCCAGGUGUCCCUGCACAGAGAGGUACCCGCGGAGGAGGUCCCAGCGGAUGGCGUUGCCAUCUCCUACAAGCCAACCAAGGGCUUCAUCCUGCAGAACCCCAGCCCGGAGAACCAGGGGGCCUACUACUGCAAGGGCACCAUCAAGUCCACGCCACAGGUCUCCACCAAGUACAUGCUUCUCUACGUGGAGGUGCCCAGCGGUCCCCCCUACGCCUCUCUGGAGCCCUCUGCUGUGAGAGUCACUGCGGGGGACACCUUCAACAUCACCUGCACUGUCCUCGGGGAGCCAGAGGUGGACGUCAGCUUCACAUGGAGCUUUCCUGGGGAGGACACGGAGCGGCCCGUGGUCAUCCACGACGAGUGGAGGCUGGUCAACAGAGGAAUGAGCCACACCACACGCAUCUCCAAGAGCGUCAUCACCGUGGAGGACGUGGAGGAGUCCAUCGACUUGGGAAGGUACAUCUGCACAGCCAAGAACAAGCACGGCGCCACAUCCGUAGCUGUAAAUAUGAACUAAACGGGCGGACCUUUCCCAGUCCCCUCUGUAAUCUACAAAAUCUCCAUCAAGGGUGCUUUCAUUUCAUUUAAUUAAUUAAGGUGCAACCGUCUCACUUUCACAAUGUUGAUUUCAUUACCAUUCUUUUUUUUGUGCUAUGAAUGAACUCAUAUGCCUGUAAAUCAGGAUUGAAUUUGAUGUACAAACAUUGCAACGUUAAGCACUUUCAUGUUCUAAAAUUUAACUGAAGACUGAGGUAAUACUUUGAUGUGUGCCCAUCUAGUUUCACAAAUGUGCCAAUUUUGCUUGGCUGUCAAGUGUACACAAAUUACCGUGCGACAUGAUUUCCUGAAGUAUAACUUGUGUACUGGUCUUUUUUGUAUCUUCAUUUGAAUGUUGUCUAAAAUAUAUUUUAGCAAAAAAUUGAACUUUCAUUUUUCAAUAAAUCUUUUUUUUCUCUGUUAAGCUGCUUUUCACCUGUUUCAUGAAUGUGGAAAACCCUGACUGGUCUGUAAUGACUUUCAUAUGUGGAAUGUGGAAUUUUUAGGUCUGAGGAACACGUGAAGAAUGUUCCCUCAGCUUCUCCUCUUCUGUCUUCCAACAAUAACAAAUAAAUAAAUUCAUAUAUAAAUGUG